AUGGAGCCUGCGGGCGGGGCCAUGCACCAGAGCGUGGCCUGCGGUCCUCCUGCAUCGUCGCCCAAGUCUGUCAACCUCCGCCUAAAGCGGAAUCGCCACUCGCCCGUCGCGCAAGCCUGGAAGCUCGCGAGGGCGAGGCUGCGGGCCUUGAGGAACGAGGCCGGUCGAGGACUUCUCUCUGACCCGUACCAUGAAACGACGGGUUUCAGAGGAUCUCGGGCUGAAGGUUCGGAGGGCCACGCGGACGUUGCCUACGUGCAGCCACUGCGCAUGCCACAAGUCCUUCUUGCACGAGGCCGCAGCCGCGCGGAGCGCGGCGGGCGGCUAACGUCAACCGCGCCAAGCAUGUCUUA